AUUUUUGUACCAAUGCAACCUGCAACUCCUCUGCUAGCCAAGGCCGAGUGACGCUACUAGGCUAGAGCUACACGAAGAACGCGGGACGACCCCGUGCUGGUGUGUGGAUUUCACUAGAGUGUGACAACAAGGGGGAUCCCCCAGCAGCGGAGCGUGAAGCCAAUGCUGCUGCCGCGGCCUCAGAGCCCAAGCAGACAUGCGCUGUCCAGCCGCGGUGGUGCUGAAACGCCGGCAUCGAUCCUUCCCUCAGUGACGUAGGGAGAGAGGGGCACGGUUUGGCUACAGGCAGAUAGAAUACACUGGAUAUUAAUAUUGUAAUGAUAAAACCGCGCAAAGACUACACAGAAGCCAUAUAGAACAUACAGAUCUCACAAGCAACCAAGCAUUAACAAAAAGCUAGUGAAAACUUGGAAGAACGGGUUGUGAGCAGCACGCCGUAUCCUUGCGGAACCCAGAGAAGACUCCGGGGAGAGACAGGAGAGAUUUCAGAUCUAUAAGGUAAAUGUUGAAGACACCGUUGAAAUGUUACCAAAAUCGAGAAGAGCACUUACCAUUCAAGAGAUUGCGGCAUUAGCCAGAUCUUCAUUACAUGGCAUUUCCCAGGCAAUGAAGGACCAUGUGACACGGCCCACAGGCAUGGCCCAGGGCAGGGUGGCCCACCUGAUAGAAUGGAAGGGCUGGUGUAAGCCCACUGACACCCCCGCAGCUCUGGAGUCUGACUUCAACAACUACUCUGACCUCACUGAGGGAGAACAGGAGGCCCGCUUCGCUGCAGGUGUGGCGGAGCAGUUUGCCAUAGCGGAGGCUAAGCUGAGAGCCUGGUCGUCUGUGGAUGGAGAUGACUCUAAUGACGACUCUUAUGAUGAGGACUUCAUUCCCGCCAACGAGCCCACAACACAAAGCACGGAGGUGCCCCCCUACCUGAGGGACCUUCUUCACAGUCAGGUGUGUCAGCACCUGGGUCUACGGGGGCCGUGCUGCGAGGGAGCAGGUAGAGGAGACAGGCCCUCGCCCACUUCCACAGACACCAUCUGCUCCAGCCUCUGCAGCCUGGACGAGCAACACCCCUUACUGCGAGAUCUCACCCAUCACUGCGGCAACAACUACGGUAACGCCGCCGAGCUGGCUGCCAAGAUCCUCUCGGCCCUGCAAGGGGGAGAGGAGCUGCUGUUGGCCCGCCUCCAGAGGGUGGAGCAGGGGGUUAGAGGGGGAGGGGACUUCAACAGCCUGGGGGGUGGGAGGGGCCGGCCAGGGGGGGAGGAAUCGCCCUGCUACUCUGUGACCUACUCCGAGACCUACCUGUCACCCGGGGAGGACGACGAUACGCCCUGCAAAGACUACGAGGGCACCGUGUGCCAGGGAGAAGGAGAUGGCGAGGUGUACCCACCUGACUAUGCCACCCACAGGAAGGUCUCAGACGUAGCCUCCUCCGGGGUGGUGUCUCUGGACGAGGAUGAAGAGGAGGAAAAGGAGGAGGAGGAGAGGGAGAGAGAGCAGGGAAACCAAUGUCAUUGAUUUUUGUUUCAUCCAUUGUUUCUCUGUCCAUCUCUUCGUCCCUCCCUUGGCCUCUGAUAUGUUAAGCCUGUCCAUCUCUUCGUCCCUCCCUUGGCCUCUGAUAUGUUAAGCCUGUCCAUCUCUCCGUCCCUCACAUGGCCUCUGAUAUGUUAAGCCUGUCCAUCUCUUCGUCCCUCCCUUGGCCUCUGAUAUGUUAAGCCUGUCCAUCUCUUCGUCCCUCCCUUGGCCUCUGAUAUGUUAAGCCUGUCCAUCUCUCCGUCCCUCACAUGGCCUCUGAUAUGUUAAGCCCGUCCAUCUCUUCGUCCCUCCCUUGGCCUCUGAUAUGUUAAGCCUGUCCAUCUCUUCGUCCCUCCCUUGGCCUCUGAUAUGUUAAGCCUGUCCAUCUCUUCGUCCCUCCCUUGGCCUCUGAUAUGUUAAGCCUGUCCAUCUCUUCGUCCCUCCCUUGGCCUCUGAUAUGUUAAGCCUGUCCAUCUCUUCGUCCCUCACAUGGCCUCUGAUAUGUUAAGCCUGUCCAUCUCUUCAUCCCUCCCUUGGCCUCUGAUAUGUUAAGCCUGUCCAUCUCUCUGUCCCUCACAUGGCCUCUGACAUGUUUAAACCUGUCUGCAUGUUUUAUUUUCAUGACUUGAACUCUUACUGCUGUGUAACCCCUCUGUCCUGGCCUUAUGGCAUCAUGUCGAUCCCCUACCCGCCUGCCCCCUGACCAUUUGAUAUGUAUCAAUAUAUUUUUGUCUUGAGGCGUCCAAACAAUCUUUUCUAUCAAUGUGAAGCAGGACAGCUGGACUGGCUGUCACAGCCUUCAAUAAGAAGCCCAACAAUUGGUCUGUGGUUUCAGUAAGAAGCCCAUGGAUUGGCCAGUGGGGUUCAGUGCUCCACCCACACACAACAAGAAAGUGAGAGACAGCUAAAAACUAAAAAAGACAGAAAAAGACUGAAUCUUAAAACUAUGAAAUAUCUUUGCAUGUGUUUGCAAGUGCUGAACUGAACUUGUGUGCUGACCUGGUCUUGAGCACGUUGGUUUGCAGUUUGGGCUGUUCUGUAUAACCCCACCCUUCCCCCGCCACCACCCAGAUACAAUGUAUCCCAUUGGUGGACAGGUUCCACUGCAUCCUGAAACCUGAAACCCCUCCUCUCUUUUGCAAGAGAUGUAAGCCGUGUUCCUCUGCCCAGGCGUUGCUGACGCGUGCCAGAUCUUCCUAAAUCUGGAUAGUUAUUUUACGUAUCAGCUAACCACAUCAUAUGCUACACCAAUCUGGUGUCUGACGGCACAGUCGAUGAUGUGGCACACAACCAUUGGAUGAUGCAUGCAACGUCUGAACAGGGGAGCACGACCCCUAGCAUCCUUCUGGGCAUGGCUUGCUGAGUAUGCCAAACUACCGUAUGUAACCUGUCACCUACAGUUAUGAGCAAAUGUUGGAAUGUCUUAAAAGUGACAGGAAAUGUGUAUUUGAUAUGCUUUUAUUGUACUAGUUUUCUAUCAUUCAACAUGUUGUUGUUAUUAUAAUUAUUCUGAAUAUCAUUAUGACUAACCGUCAUAAAGACAUACUAUAGCUACCGGAUUCUGUUUUUGGUUCUAUGGUUUCCUAUAUGGAAGGCCAAUGGUCUAGGCCUUCAAAGACAAAAACACAAAUAGAAUGUUCCAGAAGUGACCAUUUGGUGAAAGAGAUGCUGUUUGGUGGAGAAAUUGUUGUUCAAAGACAGAAAGCUAGUUUUCAGUGAGGUGUUGAGUUGCAUUGGAAAUUUUCUAUAUUUUUGUAUGCAUUGUUUUGCUUUAAUCUUUGCCUAUGCGGCGUGCCAGUGUAUGUGUUUUUUGCACGAAGCUAACGUGGCUGUAGAUUUCUCCUUUCUUUGUUAUCACUGUGUGAUAUAGUAUACUGGGAAAAAAUACAAAUGUGAACAAAAAAUGUUUUAUUUUACUUGGAAAGGGUACUGUGUAUAGGGUACUCUGGAUACUGGGAUACAGUUUGUUAUUGACAUGAUCCUCAAUGGAAAUGUUUUCUUGUCUUUGUAAUUAUAUCGGACUUCUUUCUUUCCUGUCAUAGCUGCUCCUAAAGCAAAAUUACACGUUUAUUUCCAUUCUUUUUCAGACGAUGUCAGGAAAAGGGCAUUUUUUGUAAAUAAAUCUAAAUCAUUCCAUUGCCA